AUGGCGCCCCGGAGACCUGCCAGUCCAGCGAAACCUCGGCGAACCACGCGUGCUCGGGCUGGAGACGCCGACACGAUCACCACCACGGCAGCGCAACCGACAAAGACAAGGAAGACCAAAGCCGCGAGCAUCCCCACAACCACACGAGCACAAGCGAUUGAAUCGAAGUCUCGAGUUGCGAAGAAGGCGGCAUCAACCACAGCACCUAAAUCUGAAGCAGUGAGAAGCUCACGCGCCACCACUAGAUCAACAAAAGCUACGAUCCCCUCUGCCCUGGACGUCGAGGUUGAGAGCGAUGGGGAAGAACUAGAACCUGUGGUUGAAGUCACGGUGGCGCAACCGUCCAUGAAGCCGUCGAGGGCGACCAGAACCGCUACGAAUCCGACGUCGGCCGCUACCGGUACCACCACACAAACCUCUGCCACCACAGGUCUCGCCGCAGCACCGCGCCGCCGAAUAAAGGUCACCCCGUUGAUCGAACAUGACUCUCAACGGGAACCUGUUCCCGCACCACCUACAGAAGAUAAGACCGCAAAGAAGUCGUCCACAAACUCGAAGAAGGAGAAGGCCGAAGCGGAAGUGAAGCCAUCUACUUCAACGCGUACGAAGAGAAGCGCUACACAGGCAAAGCUUAAUGAAGUUUCCGACGAACCAAAUACUAAAGAGCCGGAGCCCAAGAAGCGAGGCAAAACAAGAGCUGGGACUGCAAAGGUGGAGAAGCAGCCCGAGCCCGAAGUUCCAGCCGAAACCGCAAAAGAGCGAGGCCGGGGCAAGAAGGAGAAAGCUCCUACAGAGCAAGCCGGACAGACUGAGUCUGAGCCGGUUACCACCCGCAAAACAAGAACCCGCAGUGGAUCGACUGAAGAUCCUGUCGUCAAAGAGGCUAGAAUCAGUGUUGUCGUCCCCUCAAGGAAGAAAGUCACCUUCGAGCCAUUGCCAGAGGAUGAGGAGGAUGAGAAAGAAAACAAGCGGCCUAAGACCUUGGCCAAAACGAAGGGCAGCAAGGCCUCAGCCACCAUCACCAAGAUAUCCGAACCAGCGGCCACUGGAAUGCGGGCGAAGCCGAUUCGCAAACCAGCUGCUACUCGAACAACCAAAGGAGCACGCUGCGCUUCUAGAGUGGCACCAACGCCUGCAGCCGAAGAGAUGUAUGUCGACAAGCCAGAAAAGCGGAUGCCUCGAGCACUGACUCCAAAGAAGAUCACUCAAAUUGCAAAGGCUAGCAGCAUCGACGACAGUGAAGAUGAUGAGGAUGAGCUUUCAGGAGCCAAGACUCCUGUUAGGGAUCUUGGCUUGUCGCCUCGACGAGGUUUCACUCCUGCUGCUGCGCGUCCCUUGUCUCCCGUCAAGACGCUGGACUUUGCAACCGCCCUCAAACACAAUUCCCCUGAGAAGUCUCAUUCGGGCGCACCGCUUAGCUUUAUGAGUUCACCCCGACGAAUGCCAGCAUCACCAGUCAAGGACUCAUUGAAAGAGUCCCCACGACGCGCACCUGAAGGUGUCACCAUCUUCCGAGCCCAUGUUCCAGAUGCAGGCAAUACAGGGUCGCUCGUGUCGAGUCCUCCGAAGAAUCAAUCUGUGCUUCAGCAGUCUCCUAAACGUGCUCUCGGCGACCAGAUCGUCUUCCCGCCAUCAGCCAUGAAAUCACGGGCAACGCCAUUGAAGAACUCUUUCCUGUCAUCUCCUGCCAGGCGACUCUUCUCUGCAUCGAAGCCCAAAUUUCCUGCUCGGUUAUCACCUUCGCCGAAAAAGGUAUUCGGGCAAGAGAACGCCGCACCAUUGACUGAAGUGGGAGAGCCUGACGAGGUCGAAAUUUCAUCUCACUUCCGAUCCUCUGUUUCGCCUCGGCGAUCUGCCCGAGUUUACCGACUCAGUGAGGAUGAGUUGGCUCAGGAGCUCGAGGCUGAAGUUAACUUUGAUGAAUCCGUGUUGGAUGUUAGGAGUCCGCUGAAGGUUGACAAGAUCAACCCCGUGGUUGCUGAUGCGACGGCUACAAUCACCACCGCGGCAGCUCAAACUCUGGAGAAUCACGCUGAACGAGGAGAACAUGAAGUCGACGAGGAGACUUCUAUAGACACCUUGCACGACAAUACCGCAGCCGAUGAGGACCACGACGAGACCAUCGUGGACCAUACAUUUGAAGCUGAAGAAGCAUCCGACGAAGACGAUGGAGCUCUCCACGGCGUUUCUCUUGAUGAGGUCUCCGCCGAUGAGCCUAUAAUGGAUCAAGCACAACACGGGCAAUCUACACAGAAACCCAGAAUGUCAGACACCCUUUUCAGCCGCAUGCGUCAACUGGAUGAUGAAUCCGAGGACGAGCUUGCCGGAGAACAGACCCCAGACAACCGCGUCCUCAGACCAACCUUUCGACCUAGCAUGAGCGCCGCCAACACGAGAACACGACUGUCGACGGGCGUCGUGCCGCAGAGCGCCUCUAGACAUCUUGGCUUCACUCCUCUUGUGGCUCAAGUUCAGGGCUGGCGAGCUGGAAGUCCCGGAAAGAGAACUCCUGGUGCUGCAAGGCCUGCUUCGCAGGGACUGUUUUCUCCUGCUGCUCAGAUGCACGUCGAGGGUCUAGUUGAGCUGAACCGACCAGAUACACCGGGGUCCAAGCGGAAAUCAUUGGCCGCACGACUUUCUCUAGCUCCAUCUUCGAUUGGAAGUCCGCUCAAGCCUGAUUUUUUCGCUGAUGGCAUGGCUGCGCAGGACUUCGAGGAGCAGAUCGAAGGAGAGCAGGACAUCGCUCCGGAGCAACAUCAAGAUUUGCAUAACUUUAUUCGGCAAGAUGUGGCUGAGCCAGAUGCUGGCAGUGCAAGUGACAUGCAAGCUGGACCCGCAGAAGGAGUGGUUGAAGACAGUGUUCCAGAAACGGGUGAACUUACCACUGAUCUCGUCAACUUCACUAAUGCCUCCGAUACUGCCAUGGUUGACUUCAAGGCCCUCGCAAAUGAAGCCGAGGAGCUUGCCAGUCAUGAGGACGACCAAUCGAUGUUGUCCAACACAUCGGUUUCCUCGACAGACGAACAAAAGCAGACCACUGAAACUGGGAAAAUUCUUGAAGAGACGGUUCCCAACGUUGUCUCCGAGGUUGAGCAGGAAGACCAGUCCAUGCUUUCAUCUUCCUCGGGUUCUUUCGGCGAUGAGAAUGCUGCACCGAUUGCCGAACUUCCAGAACAACCCGAAUCUGUCCAGAGAGCUGAAGCGUCUGCUGGAAGCGAUGAUGACGAGAAAGAUCAUGACGCUGACAACGACGACGCUGGUACACUCCUCUACGAGAAUGAGCUUACCACGAUGGCUCACAACCCUGUAACUGAGUUGCUAUGUGAGACAACAGCAGCCAGCAUCGAAGUCUCGCCCUGGAAGGGUGACACCAGUGGUUCUCUCGCUGAAAUGGACUUCAGCGUCACUCCCGUUCGACCAGACCCAGUAUUUCCCCGACAAAUCCACACUGUGGUUUCUAAGGUACCGCUCCGCCCUGAAGGUGAAGUCCCCGAAGUGUCACCGCUCAGAAUUCCGCGCAAGCGAGCGCGAUCACUAUCUUCUUCAACCCCACAGGGCGUUAAGAGAAGGAGUCUCGGCUUUGACUUCCCGGCUAUGGUUGCUGAUGAUCCCCUUGUGACGCCCAGAGCGAAUAGAGCGUCCCCCCAGCGACGCGUUCGCAGUGCUGCGCCGAGCCCUGCAAAUUCUGUGGCUACCAGUCUGAUGACUCCUAGUCAGAUCAGCUUUUCGAUCGAGGAUUUUGGAGAUAGCACGCUAGAUGGUAUCGAGACGCCUGAGGAUGAGCUUAUGUCUGAUGAUGUGGGUGAAGGCCUGGCUGACACCGAGUUUAAUGGUCAGGAUGAGAGUGUCAUGACCAUUGGCUCUGCGCUGUUCAAGACGCCCAUUGCUCCGGCAAUGAGACACAGAGUUGCUCCUGCUAGUGCGCAGGCCAACGGCCCGACUACUCCUCGCUACGCCAUGAGCACAAAGUCGAGCAAGAGCCGUCUUGCAGCCACGCCCAGCAUCACACCCUCGAGAACCGCGACGCCUGUGGCAAUGAAGUCGGCUACGCCGGCCAAAGCAAUGACUCCCAGCACGGCUCUAAGGAGCAAACUUGCCGCUAAACCACUCCAGACAGAGCGGACACCCCUAAAAGCGGUAGGCAGUGGUGUCCUUCACGGCGCAAUCGUCCACACAGACAUCCAUACCAGCGAGGGUAUGGACGCAUCGGCAUUCUACAUCGACAUACUUACGUCCAUGGGCGCCCGUGUUGUCAAGGAAUGGCGUUGGAAUCCUCGCUCCAGCAUGGUAAACCCCGACGACGAGUCGCAAGAAACACUUAGCCCUAGUCCCGGCAUCACGCACGUUGUCUACAAAGACGGCGGCAAGCGCACACUCGAAAAGGUCCGCUCGGCAAAAGGUCAAGUCCUCUGUGUUGGCGUUGGCUGGGUGCUUGACUGCAUGCGCGAGGGCAAGUGGUUAGACGAAUCUGUGUACGCGGUGAACCAAAGUAUCAUGCCGCGUGGUGGGACCAACCGACGCAAGUCUAUGGAGCCUAGGAUGCUGGUCAACGAGAACGGGCUUUUAUCAGCGAGCAAGGAGCGACGCAGCCGAAGUGUCUCUGUGGGAGUGGAGAUGCACUGCCUGAGGGAGGACCUGAAGCAGGAGUUGAUCAACACGCCUGUGAGGGGCAGAGAGAUUCUGAAUGGUUGCGCAGACGGUGUUGAGGACGACGCAGAAGAGACCGAGAUCAGCUCGACGUACAAUUCCCCUACCGCAGCGACUGUGGGUGGAGGCGGGGAUACUGCGAAUGUUGGCCUCUUGAUGGCCGCUCAACAGGAUGCCAAUGCCGUGCGAACACCCGGAUCCGUCAUUUCCAGAAGACGUGCGAAGGUGGAAGUUGCGACACCGCAGUCAACUUCUCUGGCUGUCGACUACGAUCCACGCACUGCAGCGACGCCGUUAACACCGUACCUGGUCGCCAAGGGCCGCGACUUGAUCCAGAUGAGUGCACCACCCAAACAGGUCAACAAGGGUCUUUUUGAUCAGGACGAAGAAGACAACAGCCUCCUCAGCGGCCAGACGGAAAAUGAUACUCGGGAAGAUGGUGCCAAGAAGUUCCAGGUCAAGGGUAAGGGCAAGGGAACAGGCAAGAAGGUCUUUGAUGGGAGACGGAGGACGCUCGGGGUUCCAGGAUUGGGAUUCAGGCCGGUUGUGGGAAGUCCUUUGCGGAAGGAGUGA